AUGCAUGCCCGCGUCCACCCCUACGCGCUCGCAUGGGAGGUUGAGCAACGCGACGGCCUCGAGUCUGACACGGGCCGCACCUUUCUCUAUACGAUGCCCGCCCUUGUCGUCCGCGAUCAGGGCUACCAGCCUGUUCUCCUAGGCUCUUUGCCUCCAUGGGCGACUUCCUGCAUCCCGCCUAUUGUUUCCUUUACCGGCCUUAUCGUCGGCACCGGCCACUCCUCGCUGCGGCGGGACCUACUGCCCGGUCCAGGCGCCGCCCAACUUAACUGUUGCGGAUUUGUCCGCCUUUCUACCUAUGUCGCUCCUGGGAUGCCUAAUAAGGUCCCCUUCAAGGGCUUCCACCCGUUCCAGGUCUUCGUUAUCUUCCCUGUUCGCGCUAACCCUGGGCCAUCUUGUGCAAGGUCGCUGGCCUGCUCCGUCAUGAUGUCAUGCUCUACCCCUGGCUCGGACCGGGACAACGUCUUUAUCGUCGUCCCGGAUUCCUGGACUUUUCUCGACAAGGCCGCCGCCGCCGUCACCACGAUGGCACCGCUUCUCUCUACGCCACAGAGGCAACAAGCUUCCUCCGCUUCCGCGGCCUUCCGGGACUCCUCCACCCUUGGCUUCGGCUUCGCCCUCGACCGGCCACCUUACGCCGCCCGGGAAACGAUAUUGCCCUGA